CUGUCAAACUUUAUAUAUAAAAAAUAGCUUAGUAUUUAGCCAAGCUGUCAUUCCCAAGAUAAUAGUUUCCUUCUAACAUAAUUUUACUUCGAUUUCCCCUUAAGAAAAAGUAAACAAAUUUUUAUUCCCAAAGAAAAAUAAAAACGUAAACAUGUCUUCUGAGUAUGAUAAAGUUAAAAUUGGUAAAUUAGUUUUAAAAGGAGAAAAACACAAGAAAAGUAAAAAACGCAAAAAGGAAAAAGAACAUAAAGAUGAUUCCCACAAGAAACGCAAAACUCAAGUGGAUGAGGAUGCUUUAAAACAUGGCGGCUGGUGGCAAGCUAAAUUAGCUACCGAAAUAACCGGUCCCGUGGCCAUACAAUUUGGUGAACGUGCUUAUGUUAAGGCUUUGGAUAAUGGACUUUUUACUCUAGGGCCACCACACCGUGAGGGUGAAGGCCCCGAUCCGGAGGAAAUAUUCACUGCCUUUCCCAUAAAUGAACGCAAGGUAACCUUUAAGUCUGGCUAUGGGAAGUACUUAAAAAUCGAAAAAGAUGGUAUGGUUACCGGCCGCUCAGAGGCGGUGGGUAGCAUGGAACAAUGGGAGCCCAUAUUUGAGGAUGGCAAAAUGGCUUUACUAUCCGAAUUGGGUUUCUUUAUGUCUAUUGAUCCCGAAGAUGAUGCCUGUGUGGCGUUACGUAAAAAGGUGACAGAUUUAGAGAUAUGUAAAGUACGCAGCAAUGCGACGAGAGAAUGUGUGGUAGAUGAUGAACCUACCGAGGAAAAGGGUGAUUUGGCAGAGGUGGAAAAGAACUAUGUCAAAAAAUUCCAAAAGUUCCAGGACAAAAAGUUGCGCAUUAACAAAAAUGAUAUUAAAGAAUUGGAAACGGCCAAGGAGAAAGGCACUUUGCAUGAGGCUUUACUUGAUAGACGUAGUAAAAUGAAAGCGGAUCGUUAUUGUAAAUAAAU